AUGAACGCCAAUAAACUCGAUGGCAGGAUCCUGAUAUACUCUUUCGUACUGGCGGCGACUUGUCUUCUACAGCUGCACGUGGAGUGUGUCGACUGCCGGACGCGCGCAUUAGCUCCCAGCAGGAGCCUCCUUCCACUGUCGCAGCCUGGAUUCCUCACCAGGCCGUCACGGCUGUCAUCUCAGCAUCGGUUAGGCUUGCGGGCGCUGCCGCCAGCCACCCAUGGAACGGAUGUGCCGACCACGUACUCCGAGCAGAUCGAUUACUACUCGGAGCAGCUGCGCAGCCAAGCGCCCCCGCCUGGAUCUAAGUACUACAUCCUCGCCAUAGAGACAAGUUGCGACGAUGCAUGUGCUGCGAUACUCUCCAGCGAUGGCGACAUCCUCGCAGAGGAGCGUGCCGGUAAUCCCGAAUCGCUGAUCAAGUUCGGCGGCAUCAAGCCUGACGAGCUGUACCGCUUCCAUCUCGAGCACCUUGGGUCGAUUAUCGACCGUGUCGUGUCCAACUCUGGGGUUCGCAUGACCGACGUGAAGCGCAUCGCUGUGACACGUGGGCCUGGUAUGACAAUCUGCCUGAAGGCUGGUUACGAUGCUGCUGUUGAGAUCGCAACGCGGCACGGGAUUCCCCUCGUUGCGGAGAACCAUCUUGCCGGACAUUGCCUAUCGCCGUUCAUCAAGGGCCACCAGUUCGGCAUCUCUGCCGAUGGCAACGCAUACCCCUCUCAAGAGCUAAAGUACCCGUUCCUCGCGCUGCUGCUUUCGGGGGGGCACUCACAAAUCUACGUCGUGGAGGGGCCCGCCAAGUUCCACAUGCUGACCGACACCAUGGACACCUACGCGGGCAAUGUGCUUUACAAGUGCGCCAAGGAGCUGGGGCUUAAUAUCAGCAACGGCGGGGGCCCCUCGCUGGAGGAGGCGGCGAGGAAGAUUAGGGGCGACCCGAUCUUCAGCAUGACUGAGCCCUGCAAAGACAUGGCCUUCACCAGCUUCUGCUUCUCGGGAGUACACACGCAACUCCGGGCGAUGCUCGCCAAGUUAAGGAAGGAGUACGGCCAUGACGUAACAACGCAAAACCCCGAUGUCGUGAACCAUCUGGCAUACACCUGUCAGGAGAUCGUUUUCCAGCAAGUGCUGCGCCAACUGAACAAGGCACUGGACAUUUGCGACAGCCUGUUCGGAAUCGAUCAGCUGGUACUCGUCGGAGGCGUAUCAUGCAACGAGCGGUUGAGGGAGCUUAUUGCGGAUCUCUUGCGAAAGCGUACGGGUUCCGCAGAAAGCAGGGUCAGGGCGUUCGCCACCCGCAUGUACGGUAACGUCAAGAAGGCAUGGCCGCUCAAGGACUUCGAGCGCAACGACGCCGACGAAAACAUACUCAUACGCAAUUUGGUCGACCGCAUGCGUGGUGUAAGGGAGCUGCCGCAGCUCAUAAGGCUGCUCUGGAGCCAGGACCUCUACCCCGACCUCCUGCAGCGGAGGGAGGGCGUCCACCUCAGCGUCCAGCAUAAAAACGCGCUGUACAGCGCGCUCAUGCAGGCCUAUCUGUCGUUACUGAGUGACACUGAGGCCUACAACCUGCACAGGAACCUGCUCGAGAAAAGCCGGGAACGGGAGGCUAAUCUCCAACCGGACCCACAGGUCCUGGACGAGCUCGUCAACCUCGAACAGCAGCAGUGCUCCAGCCUCAUCGAUGGCCGCCGCAAUGUUAAAGACGAAAUCCGUGAAUGGCAGCUUUUCACUACGUCCGGCAAGUACUGCACGGAUAACGCAGUGAUGAUCGCUCACAGCUUGCUAGAAAAGCACCGAGUUGGCCUGGAUGGAAUCCACGGAGAUGCAUUCAACCAUCGUGUCAUCGACCAGUGGGGCCUUUCCUCAAGAAGGCAUUGGGAGAUGCUCUCCAACGUCGCCCUCCUGCAUUCGCUCACGCAGGAAUGA